GUUUCCAAGUGUCAUAUGCUUAUGUUAUCGAAAACAUAUUUUUACACGCUAUUGGAGGGAAGAUUUUCAAAAGUAUUCAAAUAUAUAUCUUGAAAUUUGUAAAUUAGUGAAAUUCGUAUCUUUAUUUACUUUUUAAAUAAAAUAAACGAGAAAUGGCCGAGUUCGUUGAAUAUCGCAUGGAAUGUGCUUUGCCAGAAUAUGAGCAAAUGCGAAUACUUAAUUUAUUUACACACGAGGAAAUUUUAAAAAUGAAAAAGGCUCGUGAAACGUUUGAAUAUCGUUGCACGCAACCAUCUAGAGACAUAAAGGAUUUUGUGGAGUAUAUAAAGUAUGAGCGAAGUUUGAUUGGCUUGACAAAACAGAGAACUAAGCUACAUAAAUUAACCAAAAAUCAUACAAUUACAACUCUAAUUGCGAAUCGUAUGAAACAGCUGUACGCUCAAGCUCUAUCAAGGUUUCCGCAUAAUCUUCGUUUCUGGGACGAAUACAUCAAGUUCUUGCAACAAUUUAAGUACACAAAAGACAUACCGGCUACAUUUGAUCAAAUAUUAAAAUUUCACAGUGAUAAAGCUGAUGUUUGGAUUCGUUCCAUUUUAUGGGAAUACAAUGAGAAUUAUAAUGAUGAGCGUGUAAGGGGUCUUUUACUGCGGGCUCAGCAACUUCAUCCCGAAUCGCAGAAAUUGUAUUUGACCUUCUUUCAAAUUGAAUUGGAGAACAAACGUCAGUCAGAUGAAAAUUUGGCUCUACAACACGCCAAAACUGUUUACACAAACGGACAGAAAAUAUUGAAAAAUUGUCAAUUUUACAUAGAAAUAUUGAAAAUUGUUGAUAGAUUUGCCUACGCAACUUCAAUUCAACAAUUAAUAUUGCAUGAUUUACGAGAACUAUUUCAAAACGAGGAAAUAAUGUGGCACAAUUUGGCACAACGUGAAUUGAAUGGAUUGCCAACAGACAAAUUUAUUGAACGCAUCAAGCAAGACCAUGAAGAUGAAUUGAAUAACGAAGAUUCACUGAGCAUUACACAGCAACAUACAUCAUUGCGAAAACGAAUCGAAUCGUGUGUUGAAAUUUAUGAAGAAGCCGUUAAAGUGGUUAAUACAGCAAAAAUGUGGAACUAUUACAUAAACGCCAUGCUCGAAUUGAAUAAAGAUUUAUCGUCAUUAAUAGGGGUAAAACGAUUUUCAUUGAGUCGAGCAUUUGCAGGUGGAAACAAUUCAAAUCACAUGUCUGAAAAUCACUAUCUACAAUAUAUUGAAUUGCUGUAUUCAAACAAUCCGACGGAUGAAAAUAUCGAACAAGUUUUUCAAAAAGCGAUAAAAAUCUACAAUAAUUCGCAAAAUAUUUGGCUUCAAUAUUUACGCUAUUAUAUUCAAGAAAAUAAACUGAAUAAAGUUAAGGAGGUAUUCAGAAGUGCCAAAAAUCGACUCGACUCCAAGAGCUCCGAUAUAUGGGAAUUGUAUUUGAAUUACUUGAAAUAUUUGCAUAGCUAUAGCAAAGAGGCAAAUACCGAAUUUGAACACAUGAUUCGGGACGUAGCAGCUCAACCCUAUAACAGCUUUAACAUUUUGAAGGCGCAUAUUUUAGAGUUGAUUGCAACAACGGUGGGCAUAAAACGGGCUCGGAAAACUUACGAAUUAUUCAUAAAACAUGUUCCCGGCUGCUAUGAAGUACAUAAUAUGAUGGCUGACUUAGAAGCAAAACAGUUGCAACGAGACGUGGAAUCUGAAAGAAAUUGCUUGGAACUGAUGACUUUCAACUUUGGAAAAACAAGACCAGAUGUCUGGCUUCGGUAUAUGCGAUUUGAGCGAAAUGUUGGUGAAGCCAAAAAUGUGAGCCGAUUACAUCAAAGGGCAAUAAGUUCUCUUAAGUCAGAAUUUUUAGAUCAGUUUAGUGCGAUGUUCAACUUUUUCUCAAACGGAGACUUUUAAAGUGAAUACAACAGGAGACUUCAACUUCACUCUGGUUCAAUUUUUAUUAAAUCAUUGUAAUUGUAUUCAGAUCAUGAUGAAAAUAAAAUAAAUUUUGAAAAACCUCAA